GAUUGUUUGUCCUUCAGCAACACCUCAGUCAAACUUCAACAUCACCCCAGAUGGAUUGAAUACGCACCUCCAUGGAUAGAAGCUGUGUCGAUGACUGGCGAGCACCGGAAUCCACCAAUUCGUCUCAGUAAAGCACAUGGCGCCAGAUAUCUUCGACCCCGCAGCCAGCAUGAUGAUGAUCCACGUUCACCCGUCGAGGCAAAGCCAGAUGAGGCGUGCCUGCGACCGAUGUCACGGGUUCAAGCUGAAAUGUGUACGGGACAAUGACGGCGAGGCAUGCCGCCGCUGUCUCCGCGCGCUAGUCGAGUGUGUCUCGAGCCCUCCAACAAGAUCGCGACGCCAGACACAAGCACCAACAGCAUCAAACUCGGCAGCCGAGUGGGACAGCGCUGGAACUGGGAAUGUGACGCAGGGACCAACUCAAUGGUCAGAGCAGCCUCAAUCCCAACAGAUGCCAACAGCAUCGCGCCCGUCGACCGACCAGGGGCCCAUUUUUGAUGGCCACGGCUCCAGCGAUCUCCAACCAGACGCAGACACUUUCCCCUGGCACAGGAAUCUCGAUGACGCCAACGCCUCCAACAUGUCCUCGGGACUGUCUGACUUCUCUAUUCCCCUCGACCCGUCAUUUUUGUCAUCCAUCAUGGGAGUAGGAAUGGAUCUUGAUCUCGAUCUAGCCCAGAUCAAUGGCGUUAUUACACAUUCAAAUUCACAUUCACACUCACACUCACACUCAGCCGAUGGAACCGGAGUAUCUCCUUCUCCGGUUUCUUCGUCGCUGUUGGGCGCACAUGCAUCCGGCGACUCGGCAUCAUCAUCUUCCAACCGCUCAACACUGCCGAGUUCGACGACAGCACCGGCAUCCACGUCCGCCACCAACAGACCUACUCGGCCCACCCAACCUGACACACUGGAUCAAGCCAUGGCCGAUUCACCACGUGACCGUAAUCCUCCUGAUCAUUCCGACCUCGCCGUUUGGCUCAGCAAGCUAUCAGACCUCAACAUCCGUAUGAUGCAGCACUUGAACUCGAUUCCCGAGGUCGGGCCAGAAGGCAGCGUGCAAUCGGAGCAAGAGCAGAUAUUUGGCAUAGAUGAGACAUUCCACGUCUCGCAGCUAUUCAUCGACACUCUCAGUCAGAUCUGCUCGAGGCUACCGCCGCCUCCCGUGGACAACAAUUACACGCCGCGUGACAAAUCUGACGCCUCGAUCUUGACUCUGGACCCGGCCUCAGAACUUCUGGUCUUCUCCAACUACCUUCGCCUACUCGAGACAUACGACAGGAUAUUCCGACAGAUGCAGGCCUGUCUAGCACGGAAGCAAGGCGACUCGUCCAUUAAAUACCCGUUCCAGAUGCCUGGCUUGACAAUCGGCUCUUUCAAUCUUUCCUCAAAGUCGGAGACCCAAUCUCUCUUCCUCGUCAACCUCAUGGAGGCCAUGUUGACACGCUCACGCGACCUUGUUAGCGAGAUGGCUUCCCCCAAGGACACGCUGGGCUAUCGAGGCAACUUUGAGUGCUUUGGGGGCGUGUCGCUUGUCAUUGUGCCCGAUCUCGCUCUACGGGCCAUCCGCACCCGAGAAGCCGUGACCCUGAAGCUGGUUGAUAACCUCAAGAAGACAAUCAUGCAGUCCAAACUGUCGUGACGAUAGGGGAUUGCCUGGUCUCUUUUGCACGCGGGGUGGCUCUAACAAUAAGUGACCAUCUACCGUCUUGUGCCACCUCCGUCUGCUCAUUAAAGCCUUUCAAUUGGGGGGGGGGGGGAAAACAGAAAGUGCACACUACGUACGGAA